AUGACUGAUAAUCAUAAUCAGGCUAGUGCCCAAAAUUCUCGACCAGCUAGGGCUCUUCCAAGCAACACUGAGGCUAAUCCCAAGGCGUCUAUUAAUGCUGUGUCAUUGAGGAAUGGGAGACAGUUAGAAGAAGUCCCAUCGAAACAAAGAAAACAAGUGUCAGAGAAGCCAGUGGAAGAGAUGGGGACAAAGAAACCUCAACGAAUAGUUCUGAGGCCACCACCUCCGUUCCCUCAAAGAUUGCAGAAAGUGAAGGAUAAUGCUGCUUAUAAGAAAUUUCUUGAUAUUUUAAAGCAGGAUCCAGGCAGUUUCACUAUUCAGAUCUCGAUUGGUAAGCACGCAGUUGGGCGAGCUUUGUGUGAUCUUGGAGAGAGCAUCAAUUUGAUGUCGCUAUCUAUUUUUAAGCAGUUAGGGUUGGGUGAGCCGCGCCCAACUAUGAUGAUUUUACAGUUGGUUGAUCGCUCCCUUGCUAAUUCAGAAGGGGUAAUUGAAGAUUUGUUAGUCCAAGUGGGUUCUUUCAUAUUCCCUGCUGACUUCAUUAUCUUGGACUAUGAGCCUGAUCAGGAAGUCCCAUUUAUUUUGGGGCGUCCAUUCUUAGACACAAGUCGAGCUAUUAUUGAUGUGUGUGGAGGCUAG